AUGUAUCAUUAUACCGGUCCGCGCCGCUCGGUGUGCACUGCAGUUAGUGGCUAAGGCGCGCGCGUGUGUGCUUUUCUCUCUUCUUCGUCCUCGUUCGUGUCGUCGUCGUUGUUGUCGUCGUCGUUGUCGUCGUUGUCGUUAUCGCUGUUGUCGUCGUCGUCGUCGCGUUCGUCGUCGUCGUCGUCGUCGUCGCCGUCAGGAUUGCGAUCGUGCUUUUUCUCUCCCUUUUUUCGUGUAACUUCAUUACGACGUUGUCUUCGUCGUCGUCGUCGUCGUCGUCGUCGUCUUACGGACGAGAAGAGAGAAAGAAAAGAAAGUUGGUUAUUAAGAAAAUUUUUCUCGAUACCUCGGUGGUUCGUUUCGUAAGAAAAAAAAAAAAUUAGGGAAAAGAAAAGAAAAACAAAGGAGCAAAGGAAAAUAAAAAGAGGAGGGAGGGCGCGCGCGCGCCCGCGCGUGUUUACCAAUCGCGUCGGCUACUUGGCUGAUGAAGUGUCUCGUGUGUGAAGAGGAAAAGAUUGAUCGAGAGAGAUAUUAUAAGAGGAAUAGAGAUAGAGAGAAGUAGUAAAUCGGCAUGUCGAGGGGGUGCGUUUGGUGCAACGAUAGAAGCAUGAAGAUAUCGACGGCGAGCUGACCGUAUAAGGAUUUAUCAAGUUUGUUUUCGAUUUUGCUUGAGUUAAGAAGAGGAGAAAGGAAUUAGAAAGGAGGAAGAGGAAAAAUUCGAUUAUUGAUACAGUGCACGCGUUGGGAGGAAGGGAAAAAAAAGUGGCCGUGAUUAAGUGGAGGUGAUUCUAGUGAGAAAGGUAGAUAACAAUAUAGGAGAUAAAUUAAUUGAAAUUAAACGAAAGAGAUCGAUGUACUUGGCUGUCAUAGACCUAAUAGAAAUAAUCCAAGAUUCGGGCCCCGUACGGGUGUCGCGCUAGGGCGGCGGCGGCGACGACGUCGUCCGCGGCGAAUUUAUCGACGCUCGAGGCCGCGCUCGAGCUCGGCUCGAAGGUGGAGAGGCCAAGCAGCACGACGACGCUUAACUUUACGGACCUGGGGAGCCCAUUCGGGGCGGGCGACCCCUGUCCGUCUAGUACCCCGACCCCGAACAGUAUGUCGGGUGGUGCCGGUGGCGGACCGUCGGGAGGCGGUCAAGCCGGUGGUGGAAACGCAGGAGGAAACGGUGGUUCCGACAUGGAUCAACAUCUUCAUCAUGGUGGACUCGGAUCGGUGACACCAGGACCACCUGGAGCCGGUGGAAAUGCCGGGGACAGUACGACAUCGAGUACACCAGUUUCCCAAACUGGCAAAUCUGCAUUCAUUGAACUGCAGCAUAAUAACUUGUACAAUCCUGCCAGUUUACGGGGUGGAUAUCCAUCCGGACAUAACGUGCCUGGUGCGCAUCAGUUUUCGCAUCAGGUCAGCGCAUUAGGACACCAAUCAUCCGGACCCGGUAGUGGGAAUCAACAACACGCCGAACCUGGAUUCCCAAGUCCUAGGUCAGCGCUAGCUGGAUAUCCUUUUGGACCUAUGCAUCAACAUAACGCAUACGGAUAUCAUCUCGGAUCCUAUGCGCCUCAGUGUCCCUCGCCGCCCAAGGACGGGUGGUGCAUGUUCGCAGACCUCUCGCCAUUGGGCGACAAGGGUGGAAGUCUCGUGGAUGAGCUUGGAGGUGGUGGUGGUGGUUCUCUGAGAAAUGGCAAGGGUAAAAAGAUGAGAAAACCAAGGACCAUCUACAGCAGCUUGCAGCUUCAGCAACUGAAUAGGAGGUUCCAAAGAACACAGUACCUGGCACUACCAGAAAGAGCAGAACUUGCAGCUAGCCUGGGACUAACACAAACGCAAGUCAAAAUAUGGUUCCAAAACAGGAGAAGUAAAUAUAAGAAGAUGAUGAAAGCAGCGCAACAAGGUGGGGGCGGUGGUGGUGGACAACACGGUAGUUUGCUCGCCGGUGGUACUGCCCUACCUGGUGGACCUUCUCCUCAACCUGGUCAACCAGGGAGUCUAAUGCAAGGAGACUGGUCGGUUAUGUUAACAGGAGGUGGAAGUUCUGUCUCGGGUAGUCCGACGACAGGAUACCUUGGAGGUAUGGGAGGUGGUGGUGGAGGUCACACCCCCGGAAGUUCGAGUCCCGGAAGUGAGAUGUCGCCUCAGCAUAACGAGAGCCCUCCCGCGCCCGCCUGGCCGGGCGAGAUGAAGCACCAUCCGCAUCCCCAUGCCCCACCACAUACUCACCAUCAUCCACACACGCCUGGACAUCAUCCACCUCCACCACCCCCACCUCCGCAUCACGCGGGUUACAUGCCGCAAUAUUCUUGGUAUCAGGCUGAUCCUAAUCCUGGACUACUAACGGUGUGGCCGGCGGUUUAACGAAGACGUCCCCCGAAUCGAGUCGAGGAGGAGGAAGUUGUCCGCCAUGGUAUAGAGGACGUACCAGAUACUUCGUGGCGCCUAUCACGAAGGGAAAUCGCGUUAAACGUUAAAUAUCCUUUUUGAGUCGUUUUUCAAAGGAGAAAGAGAGCGAGAGAGAGAGAGAGGGAGGGCGAGAAAGAGAGAGUAAGAAAUAUAAUAGUGUGACGUGUGUAUGCGUGCGCGCGUUAGUGUGUACCCCUUCUUCCCACAUCGAAGAUAACAGGAAAAAAAUCUAUACGUAGAUGAACGUUUCGUAAUCGUUUUUCUCGUUUAGAAAGAAGAAGAGAUGUGAAAGGAAAGAAAAGAAAAAGAAGAAAAUUAUGUGGGAAAAGAAAGACCACACUAUAAGGAUUUAAUUAUUGUUGGGGUUUAGAAAAAAUAAUAAUUGACUUGGGACAGUUGUGAAAUCGACAUUGUUGUGGAUCGAUUGAUUCGCGGAUUGUGUAAAAAAAAAUAAAAUAAAAUAAAAUAAAAUAAAAUAAAAAAAAGAAGAUGUAAGGUGGUUCGUGUAGAUUUAGGUGAGAAAAUUUUCUGACGUUUAAUGGUAUCGUAACGGGGUAGAGGGGGGGAGAAGGCCGAACAAAUAAAUUUA